GCAAAGAUUCCAAAAAACAAUACAAGCAACAAAAGGAACUAGAGAAAAACACUAAUUGCAGAGAAGCCAGAGAUUCCACAAUGUUUCUAUAUAUAUGUGUAUAAAGAAUUAAUGUUCUUCACCACUAAACUAGAAAAAGAAAAACUUGUUCAAUUACUUAAUUACUCUCUUCAUAUAUUAUCAACAUAUGGAUCUUCAAACAAUUUACCCUUUCACCAUUUUGUUCAUUUUCCUCAUCUCAAUCAUUGUAACGCUAAAACUAAAGAAGAAAAACAAAAAAAUUGACUCAAUUCCAAAUAUACCCCCAGGACCAUGGAAGCUACCUAUCAUAGGAAACAUAGCUAAUCUUAUUGGCUCUCCACCACAUAGAAAAUUAAGAGAUUUAGCAAAAAAAUAUGGACCUUUAAUGCAUCUUCAACUUGGUGAACUCUUUGUUGUUGUUGUUUCCUCAGCAGAACAUGCUAAGGAAAUAAUGAAAACACAUGAUGUUAUAUUUGCGUCGAGGCCUCAUACACUAACCUCAGAGAUAAUCUUUUAUGAAUCAACAGAUAUAGUUUUUUCACCUUAUGGCGAAUAUUGGAGACAACUUCGAAAGAUUUGUACCGUUGAACUUUUAAGUAUAAAACGCGUUCAAUCUUUUCGGCCAAUAAGGGAACAAGAGAUGAGUAAUCUCGUCAAAAAUAUUGCUUCCGAUGAAGGAAGAGUAGUUAAUCUUUCUCAACAAGUUGUAUCAAUGAUGUUUUCAAUCACUUCAAGGGCAGUAUUUGGAAAAAAAUACAUUGAGCAAGAUGAGUUCAUAGCGCAAGUAAGAGAAGUUAUGCAGCUAUCUAGUGGUUUCUAUAUUGGAGACUUGUUUCCUUCGGCAAAAUGGCUUCAAAACUUUAGUGGAAUGAGAUCUAAGCUUGAGAAGGUGCAUCAAAUUAUUGAUAGAAUACUUGAGAUGAUUAUCGAUGAUCAUAAAGAAACAAAGUCAAGAACUAAAGAUUGUUUAGUUGAAGGAGAGGAAGAUUUGAUUGAUAUUCUCUUGAAAUUUGAAGAAGGUUGCAGCUGCAAUCAGGAACUUUCAUUAACUAAAAGAAAUAUCAAGGCUAUACUCUUUGAUAUCUUCACAGGUGGAAGUGACACAGCAGCAACUACAAUAAACUGGACAAUGGCUGAGAUGAUGAAGAAUCCAAGAGUAUUGAAGAAAGCACAAACUGAAGUGAGAAUGAUAUUCGAAAAAACAGGAAAAAUUGAUGAAACAUGCAUUGAUGAAUUAAAAUACUUAAAAGCAAUUAUCAAAGAGAUUUUAAGAAUUCACCCUCCAGUUCCUCUUUUAAUUCCAAGGGAAUGUGGACAAGCUUGUGAGAUUAAUGGAUAUCACAUUCCAAUCAAAAGUAAGGUAAUAAUCAACGCUUGGGCGAUUGGAACCGAUCCAAAAUAUUGGACUGAGCCAGAGAGGUUUUAUCCUGAGAGGUUUAUUGAUAGUUCUGUUGAUUAUAAAGGAACUAAUUUUGAGUACAUUCCGUUUGGUGCUGGAAGGAGAAUUUGUCCGGGUAUAAACUAUGGUAUGGCAAAUGUGGAAUUGACUCUUGCUUUGUUAUUGUUUCAUUUUGAUUGGAAACUUCCUAAUGGAAUGAAAAGUGAUGAUUUAGAUAUGACUGAGCUGUUUGGAGCAUCUGUUAUAAGAAAGGAUGACUUGUACUUGAUUCCAAUCAGUUAUACUUCUUUGGAGUAUAGUAGUGAAUAGUGAAGUUUCUUCUUCUUCUUCUUUUUCUUGUAACGACAAUUAUCCAAUGUAUGACCAAUAACAUGACAAGAAAGUUGAAGUUUUUAGUAAUCAAUCUUACUCAAGUGAAAAUUAUAAU